AUGCGUCGGAUCGCAACGCGCGUUUCCACGCUGCAGCUGAUGCUGCUGGCGAUUGUGAUGAUGUGCUGCUGCGACCUGGUGAAUUCGAUAAACUCGAUGAAGUCGCGCGGACGGAAGAAGGCGAAGACGAACCUCUGCCACAUCAAGGACCAAACGGCGCCCAUGAACUGCAACUGCUUCAACCAGCAUAACGGCACCGGUAUCGACUGCUGGGUGGUGAAACCGUUGGCGCCCGAGGACCCGUUCUGGGAGCACUUCGCGUCGCAGACCCACCUGGAGAAGCUGUUGCUGAAGCAGCACGAGAACGGCAUCCUCGACUACGUGCCCACGCAUCUGUUGCACAAGCUGAAGAACCUGCGUGUCUUCGAGCUCUACUACAUGCAGAUAACCCAAAUCGCCGAGCACACCUUCACGAAUUUCUCCCUGUACGAGCUGCGCGUCACCGACAGCAAGAUCAGCACGCUGCGCAAUUACAGCUUCGAGAACAUGAAGGACCUCGUGACCCUCGAUCUCGGGAGGAACAACAUCAGUACUAUUGACAGGAACACGUUCGUGAACUUACCGUCCCUGCGCACUCUUUACCUCGACCGCAACCAAAUCGGCGUGGUGCAUGACAAGGCGUUGAAGCACCUGACCAUGCUGCAGAAGCUCGUGCUGAACCACAACAAGAUCCGUACUAUCACCCGCGACACUUUCCACGGGCUGCACAACAUGCAGCAUCUCGACUUGCGCUACAACGACGUGCAGAUGAUCGGUGUGAGCAACUUCGCGGAGAUGUCGGAGCUAAAGGUGCUCCAGCUCGACAACAAUCGCAUCGAGGCCAUCGAGAUGCACGCGUUCCAAGGUAUGCGCAAGCUGCGCAGGCUCUACAUCAGCGGCAACCGGCUGACGGAGCUCAAGACGGACUUCCUCGUGGGCGCGCCCCACGUACAGUUCCUCGAUUUGCGUCACAACGUCCUCAAGACCAUGCCCUUCGAAAUCGUCAAACCGAUCGUCCUCAACCUGUACAACGAUAACAGCAGCUUCUACCUGAACGACAACAAGCUGUACUGCGAUUGCUCGCUCACCUGGAUCUGGGGCUUGCGGAACGAGACGAGGAACAUUCAGAUGAGGAGCUUGCUGGAAAGGCUCAUCUGCUACUACGAGAGCAACGACACGGAGAAGGUCUACGGCGAGUACCCGGAUAGGAAUCUGGCGCAGGAGAGAAAUCAGCAGCAAGAGAUCAUGCAGAACCUCGAGGAGAACACCGCCGACAAUUCGAGAUACAGCGAGCUCGACGAGGAGGGCAAUCGCGAGGAGGACGAGCGCGAGAAUAUCGACGAGCCCGAGAUUGACGCGCCUCUGCCGAAAGUCGGCGUCAAGGCCGACUGCGACGGCAAGGUGUGCUACACGAAGCGGCUGCUGUCCAUGAAGACUGAGGACCUGCCGUGCGUGAAGCAUACACACGAACUGAUGGCAUCCGAGCAGCCCUCCAGCCAUCUCGAGAAAGCCCGUGCCGGGCUGUCCGGCUCGAACUGGUUCAGCUCGUCGGCCGAGGCCACCAGUAGCGUCCUCGUGGUCUCCUUAUUGCCGUUCCUGUUCGUCAUCGUCGUUCCGCCGUUGUUCACGUAGAAGCGGCUGCUACGCGUGCGAGCCGAAGACACGAGGAGGGUGGCCGGCGAUCCCGGCCUCCAGGUGUCCCCCGGCGCGUGAAUGGGAUGAUGAUGUACACGUUAAUAGAAAAACGAAACGGCCGUGUGAGAGAGACGAGUGGACUAUCGCGUGGGUGGCUGGCUGCCUGGCUGCGUGCAUGUGUGCGUGCGUGUUGCGUGUGUGCGUGUGUGGAUGUGUGCACUCGAGGCGGACCCACCGAUGCCUGGACGCGCGCACAUGACUCUGGACACUAACUCUUCUUGUUUCCGUCUUUAACCCGUUAGGUCCUUAAUUGGUUGUUUUAAAGGACUUCCCACGCUUCCCACAAACCAUCUUGUAGUGAUUUUUACGUAAUUGUGUGGAACAGACAUUGGCUGGAUAUUGCGGAGACGCGAGGGAAAUUUCUCGCUGUCAUCACACGCGCUGUGACGAGAAACGCACAACGAGAAAUUUUUCAUUCGACGCGCGUCCCGAACGGCCCGCGCAAAUUUUUUCGUUGAUUUAACACAAAGUGAAUGUGUUGAGAAGUAA